AUGGCCGCCACAAUGCGCACCAUCACCCGCCUCCCGCGCCAGCUCUCCCGCCGCACCUUCAGCAUCUCCACCCGACACGCGCAAGCACCUUUCGGCUCCGGCCCAGCACCACCACGCCUCCCCAAAGAAGACCAAGAAAUCUUCGAAAAGCUACAAAAGCAGAGCACCGGCGCCUUCAGCACCCCCAAAGACAUCGAAACACCCACCUCCACCCCCAACAUCCGCAUGCGCAUCAACCAGUCGCCCGAUUCUGCUCCUACACCCGCGUCUCCAGCCUCGGCGUCUCGACCCCAGAUAAACCAGUCGCCUGAUAGUGCUAGUAGUGAAGGACCGGAGAUUAGAUUCGAGAAUGGCAAACAGAUCAAGAAGGGCGAGGAGUUCCAUCCUAACAUGAGGAGAGGGGCGCCGCCGGAGUUUGAGGGCGAUGUUAAUCCCAAAACGGGAGAGGUGGGUGGACCGAAGAAUGAGCCGCUUAGGUGGGGGAGUACGGGGAAGACGGGGGAUUGGAGUUAUAAUGGGAGGGUUACUGAUUUUUGA